AUGUCCCGCCAUCGCAUGAAAACAGUCAGCUACGACGACGACGACGACUACGACGACUACGAGGAAGACGACGGUUAUGCCUCUCCAGACCCAGAGGAACAAGCGCGUCUCGAGCAGUGUAUUCAGGAUGUGCUCUCCCAGCUGCGUGGGGGGGAACCCUCGGUCAGUGCCUCGAGGGAGGAGGUCACGGAGGCCCUGUGGCAUUAUUACAAUGAUGUGACCAAGUCGGUGAAUUAUAUUCGAGGGAAAAAAGCAAAGGAGGUGCAGAAGCAGCCUCCGAAGAAGGGGACAGUCUCGUCGUAUCCUCUUCCUCCGUCUUGGUCGUCUGCAUGUGCCGUCCCAUUUUCUGCUGCGGAAUUCUUCCGUGACUCGCCCUGGCUGAACGUCCCCGAGCACCGGAAAGCGGAUAUCAUCGUGGAACCGCUUCAUCCCCGGCUAGGCCUGCUGGGCGGCGCCCCGGAAGCCGGCGGGAAGGUCUCCAAAUUGGCUGCAUUGGCUGCCGCACGGAAGAAGAAAGAGAGCGAGAAAGUCGCGGCAUCACCAUCCCCUGUGCCGACACCCAAGGCGGAGGAGCAGAAGCCCGAGGAAGUUGGGGAUAACAAUAAUCCUGCUUCGGCUCCGUCUCGGUCUCUGCUGGAGAGGCUGUCGAGUAGUCAUAAUGGGAGGCAAUUGAAACCGGCUGAGGGGGGGCUUGGUGGUCUUCGUGCGUUGGGGAAGGGAUCUCGGAUGGGAGGAGCUACUGCACCGACCAAGAAAUCCAGUCUGGAGAAGGAGGCCGAGAUCAGAGCGCAGACAAAGCCAGGGUCCGUAACUCAGCCGGCGAAGGGGGAAGAAAAGGAGACCGCUGUUCCGCAGCAACAAGACGAACAGCAAGCCCCAGUCGUCAACAUGAUGGCUUCGCCAUCGACGUUUGCGACUAUCAUCGUCGGGGACGCGACGAGACCCGUCGCAGCUGCCCAGUCCAGCCACCUGAAAGUUCAGAGUGUGGAUGUCAUGGACAUCUACGGACAAGAUCUUACUGAAGCGUUUGACUUUGCAGGCCCAAGCCCGGACGACCUGGUCCUGAAUGCGCAGAGUUCGGCUAAAGGCUUCAAAUCCAAACAGCCCGCUUCGAAGAGUAAAAAGGUGGAUCUGACGGGGGGGAUGAACAACUUGAGCGUGGAGGAGAAGGUCAGCAUCAAAAGCAAGAACCUCGAUGUUUUGUCCGAGUACAAGAAGGUGGAACGCAAGAAGGCUGCUAGCUUCGUGGUGAUCGGACAUGUUGAUGCUGGCAAGAGUACAUUGAUGGGCCGCCUGCUGGCUGAUCUCCAGGCGGUCGAUGCCCGGACGUUGGAAAAAUAUCGUCGGGAGGCAGAAAAGAUAGGCAAGGGGUCUUUUGCCCUGGCAUGGGUUUUGGAUCAGGGUUCCGAGGAGCGGGCUCGCGGCGUCACGAUCGACAUUGCAACGAACAAGUUCGAGACAGACAAGACAGCGUUUACCAUUGUGGAUGCCCCCGGUCACCGAGACUUCGUGCCCAACAUGAUUGCCGGCGCUAGCCAGGCCGACUUUGCCGUGCUGGUGAUCGACGCGAGUACGGGGAACUUCGAGUCUGGGCUGAAGGGACAGACCAAAGAGCACGCUCUACUGGUGCGGAGCAUGGGGGUCCAGAAGAUCGUGGUGGCUGUGAACAAGAUGGAUACAGUGGAGUGGGAUCGGGAGCGGUUCGAAGAGAUCGAGCAGCAGAUCUCAUCCUUCCUGACGGCCGCGGGAUUCCAGCCGAAGAACAUCUCCUUCAUCCCCCUGUCGGGCUUCCACGGCGACAACGUCACGCGCCGCAGCGAGGCUCCGCAAGCCGCGUGGUACCAGGGUCGCACGCUGAUUGAGGAGCUGGACACGUCGGAACCGUUCUCCCACGCGCUGGAGAAACCGCUGCGGAUGACGAUCGCCGACGUGUUCCGGGGCGGGGUGCAGAGCCCGCUUUCGAUCUCCGGGCGGAUCGACGCCGGCAGCUUGCAGGUCGGCGACCAGAUCCUCAUCAUGCCGAGCGGAGAGAAGGCGAGCAUCCGCAGCCUGGAGGUGGACAGCGCCCCGGCCGACUGGGCUGUGGCGGGUCAGAACAUCGUCUUGAACCUGGCGAAUAUCGACCCGAUCCACCUCCGCUCCGGGGACGUGGUGUGCUCCCCCGCGAGUCCGAUCCAGAACCUCACCUCGUUCACCACCAAGGUGCUGGCCUUUGAACACCUGAUGCCCAUGCUGGUCGACAUCCACCGUGGCCGACUCCACGUCCCGGGGCGGAUCAGUCGCGUCGUGGCCACCCUGGACAAGGGUUCCGGGGCGCCCGUCAAGAAGAGGCCCAAGAUCGUGGCACCGGGCGCGGUGGCCCGGAUCGUCGUCGAGAUGGACCAGGCUGUGCCCUUGGAGGCUCCCGCUCGGAUCGUCCUGCGGGCGGGUGGCAACACGGUGGCCGCCGGCUUACUCGAGUCAUAAUAACGUUCAUUCAUCCUUGUCCCGUCGCCGUACUCCGUAGGUCUACUAUGUACCUGGUGAAUUGCAGCGCAAGUGGCAGCAGUGCCGUACCGUAGACGCACGUGACUGUCCCGAGACUGAAUCUGGGGAACACCACAUGUGGUAGUUACCAUACGCAGUCCUAGUACUUGAAGCUGUAAUUAGCACUGAGAACCGGCUAUCACUAGUUACCAUACGGAGUCCUACUAACUACAGCCUCCAAGUCUUCC